AUGAAGUCAUUCCCAUCAAAUCAACUAUCGUUAACAACUAAAAAUAAUAAAAUCGGAUUAAUUCAUGAAAAGAAACGCGAAUACGAUGAACCAUUAGCGAAUUAUGAAAAGACCCUUCCCAUUCAGCUAACCGCACUAGCAUCAAACCAUCCAUCAUUAUCAACUACAUAUAACAAUAUUGGAUUAGUUUGCUUUCACAAAGGUGAAUACGACAAAGCAUUAGAGAAUUAUCAAAACGCGUGUGCCAUUCGAUUGACCGCAUUACCAUCAAAUCACCUAUCAUCAGCGACUACAUAUAAUAAUAUAGGAUUAGUUUUCUGUCAGACAGGUGACUACGAAAAAGCAUUACAAAAUUAUGAAAAGGCACGUGCCAUUCAGUUGACCGCACUACCAUCAAAUCACCCAUCAUUAGCAACUACAUAUAAUGGUAUUGAAACAGUUUGCUUUGAGAAGGAUGAAUACGACGAAGCAUUGGAGAAUAAGCAAAAGGCACGUGCCAUUAAGCUGACCGGAUUACCAUAUAAUCAGUCACCAUAA